AUGUACAAGAGGCUUCUAACUAGCGGAAUUUCGAGUGAUCUUAUUACAGCACGAAACACUGCAAAAACGCAUGAUCGCAUGGGCCCGCCGGUGCGCAUCGCCAAUGAUUCAGCUUUUUAUUCUAAUUUUCCUUGCGAGAUUUGCAUUGUGAAUUUGAAUUAUGCGUUGGAACGAGCUUACAUAAUUCGCCGACCAACACCGGAUAGUUAUGUGAUAUACCUCCUCGAUAAGGGACUGCAGGGUGAAGCGAAAUUUGAUGAUAUCUAUGAGAUUCCACCAGAAAUGCAGAACAUUGGUUUAUUUUGCUGCAUUUGUCCGAUUGAGGUACCAACCGCUUAUCAGCGGGACCACUUUGUACGAUCGGCGGUAGUUGGUGGAUAUGCACGUGGUCGAUUGUUGGUUGAAAAAAAUGGCAACCAUGAAGAAUUACAACAUAUUGUUAAUGAUACGCAAAUCGUCCUAGAUUAA